GGCAUGAGAACUGGAAAGGAUGAAAAUGUGGAGGAUGUUCUGGUUCUCUGCUCUUGUGGGCCUGGGAUGGUUCUUCCCAGGUUUGGAGUCCCAGAUGGUAUUAACUCAACCGUCCUCCAUGUCUGCAUCUCCAGGAUCAACACUGAGGAUCCCUUGCACAAUGAACAGUGGCUACACCAUCAACAGUGAGAGAGCGCGGUGGUACCAGCAGAAACCAGGAGGCAUCCCACGGUUUCUGUACCAUUAUUACACUAGCACUGAUCAAGGCAGGGGGACUGGGGUCCCAGAGAGAUUCAGUGUUUCUGCUGAUCCCUCCCAGAAUGUCUGGAAUCUAGUGAUCAGUGGAGUUCAAGUGGAAGAUGAUGCUGAUUAUUAUUGCAGCUCAUGGGACUACAAACUUACUGGGAAGAUCACCCAGUUCUCCAACAUGGCUUGGAUCCUCUUAGUAUUCAUAAUCCUAUCUUUCUUUGGUGCCAGUAUUCAGCAGCUACAGAGCUUGAAAGAUCCAGAAUCUGUAGCUCUGGGUGGGAUAAUCACCAUGUCUUGUAGCUAUGGUGGAGGAACCAUCACUGACAACAAUUACCCUUUCUGGAUCCAGCAGAAGCCAGAAGAGAUUCCAAGGCUCUUAAUAUAUAGCACCAGCUCCAGGCCAUCAGGCAUCCCAGCCCGCUUCACCGGAUCCCGGUCAGGAAACACCAUGUCCCUGACCAUCACGGGGUCCUUGGUGGAAGACGAUGCUACUUAUUACUGUGCAGUUUGGACUGGGAGUGGGUGCACAGUCCUUGAUUUGGAUAGAGAAGUGAGACAAAAACCCUUACAGGAAACGAGCUACUUUGAUCAGUCUGGGCUCCUCUUACAUGAAGGAGACUAUAAAUGA